AGUCGGCUUCUUGGGAGGGAUCUUCCCCUUUUUCUUUUUUGCAUUAUCGGUUCGGUAGUAGGUUCCAGCUUGAACAUGAUGGAUCCAGCAGCAGGUCAACCAGCUGCCAAUCUUGCUGCGGAGCAACCCUCCAACGGGUCUUCCGGCGCAUCGACCUCGGGCUUGAGGAGCUUCGAGGAAAGGGUCUUGUUGGAACCGAUGCCACCUUCAGGCGAAGGAAGAAACGGGCAUCAUGGUAGCAGUAACCCAUCGGGCGAAGGAAGAGAGAGACAUCAUAGUAGCAGUAACCCUUCGGUAAAUCAACCGCAAGCAGGUGAACAAGCUAUGCCUCCCGCAAUUCCUGUAGCAGCCAGGGAAGCUGAAGCCGGUCCAUCUCAUGUGAUCCCCUUUCCAUAUCAUGAGGAGGAAGUGAUCGGGGGGGAUUCGGUUCUAUCGAUCAAACACCGCCUUUUGGCAAAAUAUGGCUCUCCUUCCGCCAAGGUCAUUAAAUUAGCUCAGAUAGAGGCGGAAGAUUACUUCGAGAUCAAGGUAGAUGUAAUCAGGCAGAUGAUACCCCUUGAUCCCGAAGGAGAUUGGGAACGCCGGGGUGCUCGCGCUCUCGAUAACCCUCGGACCAAAACUAGGGAGGAGUCCUUGGAAAAACUUCACUAUAUAUGUGAAAGGCUUCGCCAGCACGACUCGGAAACUAUUAACCAUUUGAAAGAAAGGAUGAUCUUUCGAAAAAGAGAUGAUGACUCCGAGUCCGUAACAUAAGGGGAGCUCUUAUCG